UUCACAGUCACAACAACACAUUCAAACACCAUCUUUUGACCUUGGAGUGCCCUCUCCUCAACCUGCUGCAGUGGAACAACCCCAAAAUAAGAUUGAUUCUAAUGAACUACGAAAUAUCGCAAGAGAUCUUGAAGAAGAUAGUGAGAAUACCAUUUCUGAUGAACAACAGUUGGACACAACCCCAGCAGACAACACAAUGAAAGAACUCUUUGAUAGUUUGAUUGCUGAACCUGAUGAUGAUGACCACUCUGAGCAAGUAGUGGCUGAAAGGACCCGAAGAUUUAAAAAUCUACCAAUGAAUCUGAGAUCACCUUUUUGGACAAAGAACGAUGAAAUAUUGAAGAAAGUCGGACCAAAAGAAAAGCUGAUAUCUGAUUAUGCCUUCCUUGACCCAACAGAAGAACGACCUUUGACUGAACAACUGUUUGAGUAUGCUGGAUAUUACUUGAAUAGAGAAACAUUCCAGUCUAUGAGAGCCGGAGAGCUAGAAAGUAUUAUUGUAGAUGUUUGGUGUCUACGACUAAAUCAGCUGGAUCUCAACAGACGCCUUGAUAAGCCCAAGCGAAUAUUCUUCUCAACCCAGGCUUUUCUCCAACUAGACAGCCCCACAAAUUGGGAAAGGGAUGAAAAUACAGAACAAAGCUCCUACCAGACAGACUUUGAGCAGUGCUUAGACACUGAAAUAAACAAUGUCGGGAAGUUGGACAUAAGUGAUGCUCAACUGAUUUUCUUUGGCAUAUUCCGGCAUCAUCACUUCUACAUAAUGUGCUACAAUUUCACAACGUCAAUGCUUGAAAUCAUUGACAACAGGCCCCUUCCAAAAGGAAUGAGAAUUCAACAAAAGUAUGCUGACAGUCCAAAAGCACUGUUCAUUAUGAAAACUGUGUAA